UUCCACAUCUUUUCCAAGCUUCCAAACAUUGAUCUUGUUACUCCUUGUUUCUGAAAAGUCAUUGAGGUGCUAACCUCUGACUUAUCCCUGAGUUCUCAGACUCAACAUUUGUUACAACUUGUCUAAACCACUAAUCAUACACCUGAUUGCUGCGUUUUGGAAUAGUCUAAGCUAUGACCCUUUGGCUCUUUUUCCUAAGACAGUGUGUUGUCUUAGUAAAAUCAUCCCUUCCUUGGGUGGCUAGAUUCUCACAUCUCGUGCACCAACCAUUACAUCUAUGACCAUCGUAACACCCUUAUGCCACUAUUCCCAGUUUCCGUAAAGUCAAUCAGAACUUGGAGGGCUUGUAGAACUGCCUGCGUAGAAUAAACCACCGGCAGUCUGAGCUCCUCCCCAUCGUCAUCAUCUUGACCUUCAUUAGGAGGCUGGAUAUAUUGUUCAAUGACCUCUUGUAGUACUAUAUCCCCCUCACUAUCUUGUAUACCCUCUUGUAUUGUCUCCUCCGCUGGGUUUAGAAAGUUUGAAAGGUCCAUCGCAUCGUGAAUUCGGCUGUGCUGUUGUACUUGGUUGUAAAGGUCAGUAAGAGGCGGAAUGUGCUCAAGAGUAAGUUGGAUCGGGUUUUUGAUGAUUGUGCUUUUGCGGAAGCAGUUGUAGAUAGUCGUAUUUGAGACAUCGUGAUACCACGAUCGGAUGAUCCAGCGAAGGGCAAGGUGUAAGUUAAUAGUUUUAAGAGGAUCUUCAUUGUUGUUGAAGGUGUUUAGCAUGAACGCAAGCCAUUGUCGACGGUAAUGAGCUUUAAGGGAGGCAAUAAUGCCUUGAUCAAGGGCCUGGAAUCGACUUGUUGCAUUUGCUGGUAGCCAGAUAAUUUGUAUAUUUGAGGGCGGAGGCGUUGUUUCAACGGCAGCAAUAUGUGCUGAAAAGUUGUCCAUUGUUAGCAGGAUCUGUCUAUGAGAGCCUAUAUGUAAAUAGAAAGUUCUUAGCCAUUCUGCAAUAAUAAACUGAUUCAUCCAAGCCCUCUUGUUCCAUCGCCAAUAACCUCCCAUUGCUUCAACAUUAAUAUACCAGAGUGCUUGAGAUCAGCUCCCUGUACAGUUUGUACAACAAACAACUGAUAUUCGCGCCUUGUCCUUCUUAAAUCCUGGCUGUGAUAUUGUUGAAAGACCCUUCGAAGGAGUCAGCUUCCAAAAGAGCCUAGUUUCGUCCAUGUUGUAUGUCCUCAUCUUGAUAUUCCCCUGCUAUUGUCUGUAUCCCCUUCAUUUCUUCCUCUGCUUGUGUAGGAACUGAGCUUGCUUCACCGUGUUGAGUAUAACACUUAAUCUUAUGCCGUCUUUUAAAAUUCGAAACCCAGCCUUGAGAGAAUUGAGGCGUAGGCUGGUUGUGGUAUGUAUUGUGAAAGUUGCUCCCAAAUCGGUUUAGCGCGUAGUUGUAGUAUAUCGGUGCUUGUAACUCCUCCCUUGCUUUCAAUAAGCUGCGCCAUUCAAAGAGGACUGCUUCAAGGUCAGGCCAGGCAACAGCUUUGCGACAGUGAGUUGAUUGCUGAAUUGUGUUAAGAGGUAUUGCAUUGAGGUUGGCGUAUCGAAAGCUCAAAGAUUCAGAGACUGUUGACUGUCGAAUGCGAUGGCCGAAGGUUCUAAAGAACCAGUUUGCGAAGGCUUUGGUGACUGGUGAGCAUACCAGUUUCAGAGUGCGCGACGCUGCUCAAUCGUCAUUGUAAACAGCUGAUUUCAAGGCAUCUUGGCCUAUGUAAUGUCGGUAUAAGACGAUAUCUGGUCAAAUCAGUUCGAUAUUGAGUGUAUUGUAGUUUUGGUGGGAAAAUAAAGAAUCCUACAAAAAAUAUCGAGUUGGCAUGAAUAUCGCCUAAUCAUCGACUUAUCGCGUGAGAACUGUACUGCUCCGAAGCCUGGCCAUAAUAAAGCUAUUUCGGUUAUUCCUUCCUGAUUACUAAUCCAUUCUGCACAGCGGGAGCUCUAAAGUGACAUGGGACUGGGAAGACGACAGCUAAAUAAGAGUGAGGAGUAAAGAGCAAACAAACUCGUACUUGCUUAUCCCUACCCCUAAACCUCCGAAGGAGGAGACUGCACAUAAGGUAGUACAUAAUAUAAUGAUGGACAUAAUGAUAGACAGGGAGCAAAAUGGUGGGCUAUGAGGCCCCAGAAUCCCCUCAACAUGACGUACACACACACCUUGGCCGCUGAAGUGAUGUAUACUCACUUGUGAGAUGCAAUUAUACCCACCAGGCGCUCUCCAACCCCUCUAUUGUCCUCCACGCCUUGCGAAACAGGUUAUAUUUGCUACUGGCCCUCAACGCCCCGCAAGCAACCGCAAUCCAUUUCGCUGCUAUCCAUCACUGUUAACCUAAGUUAUCUAUACCUAUACACCGUGGCCUUGCCUUGUUUCCACCUUCCUUCCACUACCUCCAUCCAUAUAAUUCGCCAGGUAUCUUCCUCCGCAAGUGCUAAGUAGGACCCUCUAUAUCGGCUUGCGCAGGUACACAAACCACAAGUAGUGCCGUGUUCCUGAUCAUGGAGCCAGGAACGGAAGAUUCGAAAGACGCGUUACCAGCUGCAAUCAUUGCCCAAGCAGAAGCGGCAUGUGUUGGUAAUGCAGACGAAAUUCGUUCAACACAACAGCGGGAGUCGUAUAUUGCAUCUCAGCCUCACCAGGCGACGUUGGGGGGUGCUCAUAGUUCACCCGAAGCUUCCAGCUCGGCCGAUAGAACCUCACAUCCUGGGAAUUCCGAUUUAUUGGGAGUCGAAGGAACAGAAGAUGCUCCACCAAAGUACAGCGAAUUAGAGAUCAGCCAAGAUGGCCUUGAUACGAAGGCGAGAGUCACUGAUGAUGGUCGUGUCAAUAUCACCAUAAACCAGAAGACCCGGAGACUAUCUGAGCUCCUUAACCCUGCACUGAGGGGCCAGCUAUCCCUGGUAGCACAGGAGGACGAUCAACCAUUACCCCCAGGGUAUAUCCCACCUCCCCUUGGUGGGCAACCAGGACAGAUUCCUCCGCCAAACCUCAAUGUCGUAAUUCUUGUUGUUGGUUCUCGCGGAGAUGUGCAACCAUUCGUCGCGUUAGGGAAGGUCUUGAAAUCUGCCUAUGGGCAUCGUAUACGAUUAGCAACCCACCCGGUUUUUCAACCGUUCGUGGAAGAAAAUGGCCUAGAAUUCUUCAGUAUAGGUGGUGACCCGGCCGAGCUAAUGGCCUUUAUGGUUAAAAAUCCUGGGUUAAUGCCCGGGAUCGAUUCGCUCAAGAGCGGUGAUGUAGGAAAGCGGCUCAAGGGAAUGGAAGAGAUAGUUCUUGGUUGUUGGCGGGCCUGUAUCGAAGCAGGGGAUGGCCUCGGACCGGCACCACGACUGGAGGGGGGUAUAAAUAUGGACACCAACCCUACUGAGAGGCCAUUUAUUGCGGAUGCUAUUAUUGCCAACCCUCCAAGCUUUGCACAUGUCCACGUUGCGGAGAAGCUGGGUGUGCCCCUCCAUAUGAUGUUUACCAUGCCAUGGUCGCCUACUCAGUCCUUUCCCCACCCCCUUGCAAGUAUCCAGUCUUCCAAUGCCGACGUGAACAUGACGAAUUUCAUCUCAUAUGCUUUAGUAGAAAUGAUGACUUGGCAAGGUUUAGGGGACCUUAUAAAUCGUUUCCGCGAACGCGUUCUGGGCUUGGAACCAAUAAGUGUCAUAUGGGGCCCAGGAGUGCUGAGUCGACUGAAGAUACCUUGCACAUACUGCUGGUCCCCAGCUCUGAUUCCUAAGCCAAAGGACUGGGGCCGACAUAUCUCCGUGUCUGGCUUUUUCUUUCUGAGCCUUGCCUCCAGUUAUCAGCCCGAGCCCGAGCUCGCCGCAUUCUUAGCUGCUGGGCCACCACCUGUAUAUAUUGGGUUUGGCUCAAUAGUUGUGGAUGACCCAAACUCUAUGACAUCUAUGAUAUUUGAAGCCAUACAGAAAGCCAGAGUCCGUGCCCUAGUAUCUAAAGGCUGGGGAGGUCUCGGUGCCGAUUCUCUUGACCUGCCGGAAGGGGUGUUUAUGCUUGGAAACGUUCCUCAUGACUGGCUGUUUAAACACGUGUCAUGUGUGGUUCAUCACGGUGGUGCUGGAACUUCAGCUGCUGGGAUUGCUCUUGGAAAACCUACAGUGGUUGUUCCCUUCUUUGGCGACCAACCUUGGUGGGGAGCAAUGAUACAUCGAGCUGGAGCAGGGCCAGAGCCAAUACCGUAUAAGGAUCUAACUGCAGAUAAGCUUGCUGCUGCCAUUGCCGAGGCACAUAAACCGUCGACUUUGGAGAAGGCAGAAGAACUUGGGGUCCGCAUCAGCAAAGAAAAGGGAUUAGAAGACGGUGGGAAAAGCUUUCACGAUCACCUCGAUUGGAAUUCGCUUCGCUGCUCACUUGCACCGAAUAGAGUCGCUGUGUGGCAGGUGAAGAAGACACAGGUUCGCCUGAGUGCACUGGCGGCUACAGUCCUCGCCAAUGAAGGCCUCUUGAAUUUCUCGGAUCUUAAACUAUAUCGACACCGUGAAUAUGACACAGAUAAUGGACCUUGGGAUCCUAUCUCCGGUGGUGCUUCCGCACUUUUCGGCACAAUCGCAAGUCUGUCGAUGGGUGUGGCUGAUUUUCCAGUUGAGUUAAUUGGGGCCUUAAAACCCAAGCCGGCCUCAACCGCCACGGAUAAAACAGCAGCUCUCGACGAGGAUGAUGUACCUUCCCCGGCAGGCGGGAGUCCAUCGCCGCCAAAGGAUUUAGCCUCAAACUCACAAUCGCAGUUGAGUUCGUCAUCAGGAAGCCAAAGCGGGCCAGUAGAGCGUUCAACAUCAACAGAUCAAAAGUCGGAACAAAGGUCUUCUUCCCAGGCUACAAAAGAAACCAAGAAGCAAUUCGACCCCUCCGCUAUCACCUUGGAAUCUGCCAUUGGAGCUUCUAAGGGGAUAUCCCGGGUAGUUGGUGCUGGCAUGAAGUCACCGAUGGACUUCACGUUGGGUUUGGCUCGCGGUUUUCAUAAUGCUCCUAAACUAUACGGCGACGAUACCGUGCGCCCCCAAGAAAGGGUUACUGGCUUUCAGAGCGGGUUGAGAGCUGCAGGAAAGGGCUUUGGAUAUGGAUUCUAUGACGGUAUCUCCGGGCUUGUUACCCAACCCAUGAAGGGGGCCGAAAAGGAAGGGGCAGCUGGCUUCAUCAAAGGUAUAGGGAGAGGUAUUGGUGGACUCGUUUUGAAGCCCGGUGCUGCGAUUUGGGGACUCCCUGGCUACACGAUGAUGGGAUUGCACAAGGAAGUCCGGAAAAUGUUCGGAGCAAGUGUUCAGGCCUAUAUCAUAUCGGCCAGAACUGCCCAAGGGUACGAGCAGUGGAGAAUCUCGUCCAAAGAUGAACAGCAAUAUAUUAUAAGCCGUUGGCAGGGGCUUAAAUCCAAACCUGCUGAAUCAUCGCGUCAUGAUAGUGGGAAAGGAAAACAAGUUCCAAACGUGCACUCUAGUGGUGAUGGGUCGCAGGCUCAUAGUGCGAACCUGGAGGAUGAAGAAGCUUUGCGCCGUGCUAUCGAAGAAAGCAUUGCACAUGCUGCCGGACCCAAAACAGAUGACAUCUCCGAAGCUGAUCAAAAGGCCGCUCUCGAAGCAGCUAUCCAGAGAAGUGUCUCCGAUUCCAGAGGACCUUCGACUGCUACACACGUAAAUGAAGAUACAGAAGAAGAAGAACAACUCAAGCGUGCUAUCGAAGAGUCCAUGCGCUAUCACGAUCGGGAUGUAUCAGCAACAAAGACAGAUGAAGAUAUUGUUAUGGAGUACAUCAAGAAACAGAGCCUCGCCGAGGAGGAGCACAGGCAGGCAAUGCACAAAUCCGCGUCAUCUGGAGACAAAGAAUGACCAUAGUAAGUUCUGAUUAAGAGUAGACUAUGAGAAUAGCUAGAACGCCGAAAUUA